CCGUUUUCAUUCAUCAAAUCAUCGGAUUAUCACUAUCAUCAUAAAUCAUAAACAGCGAGUGCUGGUUCAAAUGUAUAUGCAUGGAACACAGAAAGUGUCCAGACAAGAGGGAUCUCUCGGGGAUUCGAUGUACAUAUAUAUCCUUGCUUUGGAUUAUCAUCACAUUAGACUGUCGGAAAAAUGGGCAUUUUGUUGUUCCGUUUAAGCAUUUAUCUUCUAAUUUUCGAAUAUUUAGCGUUAUUUUGUUGUAGCUUCUUGCCAUGGCUUGCCAUCGGUUUAUUUGAAUAUAUUAUGGAAAUCGGAAAGAUAUUUUUAGGACCAGCAAAGAGCGAAAUGCGCGCGCAUAUAGUAUUACACAUACAAAAAGCAGAAUCCACGGCCCGUACAAAAGCAAAUUAUCGAGAGAGCUGGCUCCGUUUCCUCCGACUUUCAUCGAGAUUUCGCAUGUGUUUGGAAUUCCACUCGCCCAUAUAUAUAUUCUAAACAUUUUUGGGCACCAGACCAGCGGACCAGACGGACCUCGGCAUUUUGUAAAUAAUAAUAAAAUAGAUAGAGAAGAAAAUGUUCUGCCUCCGCUGAAUUCUUAAAAUGUAUUCGCGUGUUAUAUUUGGGAGAUGAGUAAACACGUAUAUCCGAAAGAGAUAUGAAGAUCAUCGCGCCGCAAUAAAUUUGCUGAAGAUUCAAUUCCCACGAUCUCGCAAAAAUUGCAAUCUUUUCACACUCGCAUCGUUUUGUCAGAAAAUUUUGUCACAUAUUUAUUAUUUCGGUCUGGUUUUAUUAUGGUUAGACUGUGUAUGCACAUAAUUCACGUAUAGUAUUCAGUUAUUAAAUUGUUAGAACUAGGUUUAUGUAUGAAUUACUACACAAAUGUUUACACUGAACCUGAAAAUGCUAUAUACAUCAUGUGCAGAACGUCUAGGUGAUCUCACAAAUCAUAAUAUUUUUGAGCACAAGGACAUUCUGUUGUGAAAGACCAGCUAGUUAGGUACUGUAAGUUCGAUACGAUAUUCAUAGUUGGUAGACACUUUACAUUCAAACGUGUUUCAAUUUCUCAAGUAAUCUGCUCGCUUGUCAGAAUGAAACCAUUGAGUACAGCAAGUGGGACACAAGCGCUUAAAACUGAAUUCUUGUGACUACAGAUUCGAUUAGCCAUUAGCUAACUGCUAGUUGCUAACUGCUAGUUGCUAACUGCUAAUGGCUAACUGCUUUCAAAUUUGUCAAAUUUAUCCGCAGCGUUUCGCAUUCACAGUGGAGUUGCUGCCGCUGGAAAUAUUAGUUUGGAGCAGAGCGAACGACGCGUUGGAGCCACGAAAAACCGCCAAAGGACUAUUACUAAUUUACCUAAAACCUCAAAGGAUACCUUCUCGAAAAAAAGCACAAUGAACCGAAAUUAUAUUUUCAUACUCCAGCUGCUGGGAGUGCUGGUGGUGCUGACCUACGCCAGUGCGAUCCCCAAAUACGAAGAUAGCCAUAAGUUCUAUGCGGAUAAGGCGCAGCGGGAUAGAUCGUACUAUAACGAGAAUAAGACCCAGCCCAGUGAACCGCAAACAGCUUCCACAAAAGAUAGACUGGAGCGCCUGGGCUAUACCACUGGCUACGGAUCCCUAAAUGGUUAUCCCGGCGGUACUGGACUAUCCGCCUACAAUCCCAUAAAACUGGACCUGGGCGGCGUUGUCUUGGGCACUCUCGUGGGCAUUGGCGCCAUUAUACUCAUUCCCAAGAUCCUAUCCGCCUUCCAUGGUGGUUACGGCGGAUACGGCCGCAGCGAGGACAGUGACCUGACACCUCUGAGCAGCAUGAUUAAUAAGAUUGACGAUGUUUUGGGACAGAAUAAUAUUGACUCAACGAGUUGCAUGCAACGUGCUGUGUGUGGUUAUGUUCGCUCUACGGAAUAUAACAUGAAGGCCGGAUCCUCAGACCAGAUGGACGAAUUUAUUCAUAUGCUAUCUGAAAACGCCCUGGUGGAUUACCUCCUCGAUGGAACGGCUAUAAAGGAGGCAUUGGAGCAUGGUAAGCGAUCCAACGAUCGAGCCUGUGAAGAGGUGUACUCCAAUUGUCCACUGGACAGUAAAUCAGCCACGGAUAUUCUAAUGAAGCUGAUGCCAAAGAAAAGCCCGCAGGGAAAAGGAAAAUCAUCUGGCAUUUCCCGAGAAAAGAAGGUUUAGUUAAUGUUGUUCUCUUAAAUG